AAAGUUGCUUGUUGCACAUUUACUUGGAUAAAACUCGAAUAUACACAUUAUAAUACAAAUGUUAGCAAAACGUUUAUGCUGCAGUUUAAAAAUGUUGAAUUGGUGCAUGUAUGAGGAUAGUGAGACGGUGGUGGCGUGUGCAGUAGCGGGCAUCAGUACUGAGAUUUUCCUUGUUUGCAGUGGUGAUGGACAGGCUGACAGAUGAGGUCAGGCAGGAGUCUCCAUGGACCAUGAUCUCUGCAGAUGAUAUUGUGUUCUUUAGCGAGAGUAUGGUGCAGGUAUGCUCUGGCGAUGAGAGGAAAAAAGUCAGUAGAAGCUAGACAGAGUACAUGUGUGAAUAAGAGGGAUUAACGCGCAACAGCGAAGUUGUAAGAAGUAGAGGUAUUGAAGGUAGGUACGUUUAGAUACCUGGGGCAGCCAUCAAAACCAAAAGACAAGAGACCAGAAGAAGAGUGUGCAGGUAGGGUGGAGCAGGAGGAUACAAAUCUUGGGACACAUUUGUGACAGAUAGCAGCAAGAGAAAAGGGGAAGACCUAUGAGAUAGUAGUGAGACCUGAUCUGUGGUUUGGAGACAGUGGCACUGACAAAAAGACAGGAGGCUAAGCUGAAGAUGCUAGGAUUUCCAUUGAGAAUGACCACAGGAUUGCAAAGAUAGGGACGGUUUAGGUUGAGCAGUUUGGGGGCAAAGUUAGAAGCAAAGAUGAGACCAGAGAAAGCGGUAAGAGCACAAAGAAAAUGCAUUCAGCUCCAGAGAUAGUCCUUGUUCUAUUCAGCAGUUAUUGUUGAGUUUUGUGGACCAGCUGAUGAGCCAGUUCUCCACCUUCUGCAGGGGCUAGCUACAGUGGCUUCUACCUCACAGCAGUUCCCUGGUGUAGAACUACCAUCGUCAGCUCCAGUUCAGUUGAAGCUCCAGGAACACAAUCCCCAAGGAUGACAUUUAUCCAUAUAUCAUCUUUGCUUUCAAAGACCGAGUAUAAGCGGUAAUGUUAAGAUGAUGCUGGGAAAGAUCAUGAUUUUAGAGGCAGCACAGAAAUGAAGUAGCAGCCUCUGUUGUUUACCGUGGCAGACGGAUUCAGGCACAAAGCAGGGCUCAUUUAAGUUUGCUUGACAACGAGUAGAGAUUACUUGUUGUUGAAAAAGAUCUCACUCACAGAGGAGGGGUGCACCAUCAGAAGGACAAUGGAGACAAAGGGAUAAAGAGCAGUGGCAAGGUGAAGGGAAAGCACAAGUUAGACAGGCGGACGAGGAGGAGCAGAAACCCAGACAGCAUGAAGAGGACACGGUGCCAAAGGGGACCUGCCAAACGAUGUGCCCCGCUCAGGAGUUACGGGAUCGUGAGGCUCAGAACCGACUUCACCAUUUUGAAAUGUUACCAGGCACAGAGAAAGAUCGGCGGCCAAAAGGAGACCCAUCGCGUGCCGUUAAGGAGUAUUCCAGACCAGCAGCUGGGAAGGACUCAACCAAACCGAGUGACCUCAGACCACCUCCUGUGCUGCUGAAAACUGUUAACUACCUUAUUAAUGACAUUGCAGCCGCCCCGAGCCUGUAUCCAUGGACUGAGGUUUAUACCUUUGUCUUUGACCGUCUUCGUGCUGUGAAGCAGGACAUGAUCAUCCAGAGGAUGUCAGGAUUGGACUGCGUGGUCAUUUUAGAGCGAACCGUUCGUUUCCUCAUCUAUGCCUCUUAUCGUCUUUGUGGGGAGCCGCUGCGGCUCUACGACCCACGUAUCAAUGAUAUACACCUGCAGGAAUACCUCAGCUGGUUGCUGGAUUGCUACAUGACCAAAACAGGACCUCAUCCCAAUCAAGAAGAGUUCCAGUCGCUCAGUUUGCUGUACAACUUGGGUUCAGCUUGCGCUAUGCAGCACACCAUGCAACUCCCAUUGCGACUGCGCAGCACUCCAAACAUCAAACUUGCUCUUUUCAUCAACCAAGCUUUCCUUGAGAGAAACCCUGUCCGUUUGCUUCGGUUGGCUCAAAAGCUAAACUUCCUACAGACCUGCGCGCUGCACAGUCACCUGAUGACAUGUCGUCAAGAUCUGCUGCUCAUAUACAGCCACGGAUACAGCAGCCGCAACUGUCGCUUUCCUCUUGACAGACUGGCUAAGCUCUUGUUCUUAGACGCAUCACUUACAGCUCAACUGUGCCGGUCAUGUGGAGUUGAGGUUAACAAGGACAAUCAAGUAGUAUUCUCCAAAGCUGCUUUCACGGAGCCGGGACAAGGAACACUGCACUGUAAACUGUAUCACAGCAUAGCAUCUGAGAAACAGAGAGAUCUCACUGUUAAGAAUAUUGUUCAGAGCUGUGUUGAGACAAAUAAGAAGUAAACAAGCCGUACAAAUACCGCUCGGUAUUCUUAUAAAUUAGGAAAUUGACUGUUUGUUUGUUUUUUAAGAAAUCUGGACUGUCACUGAGCUGAUGGCCACGAGUUACAUUAAGAUGUGAAUUACUUUUAUAUUACUACCAAUAUUUUGUGUUGAUGUUUCCCUCGAGUAUUUUUUUACAAGAACUGUACAGAAAUUCAAAGGUGUAACUGUUUACUCAUUCUUAUAAAUUCAAAUUUUGGAAUCAUUUCAAUAAAUUUGGUUACAGUCGAAAUA